AUGGGAAGGAUCAAUAAUUCCUUCCUAUGGGGCAUUUUAGCUGCGUCAGCAACUUGGAGUAUUUCGUUGUAUCUAUACUGGUUGCUGAAUAUGAGCGGUGAAGCUUUAGAAGGCAAGAAUCUCUUAUAUGACAAUCCUAAAGCAAAUAAAAUGUACGCCAACAAACUAUGGAAGAAUCAUAGAGAUCAUUCUGAGUAUUUGAGAAAAAUGAUGCUAAAAGAAAAAUUCGCUCGUCAAUUUGAUCAGAAACCAAUUGCCAAAGUGGAUAAGAGUUUGGAAAACCAAUUUGGUCUGAUACACAAUGUGGAAGAUGUAAGACUGAGAGAAAAGGGAUACAAUGUGCACGCUUUUAAUACACUUAUCUCCCAGCGGAUUGGAAAUCAUAGGGAAAUACCUGAUACAAGAAAUAAAUUAUGCAAGUCCCAAAGAUAUCCAGAGAAACUUCCCAAAGCCUCAAUAAUAAUCUGCUUCUACAAUGAGCACUUUGAAACACUAAUGAGAUCAGUGCAUUCAAUCCUGGACCGGACAGACCAAAGACAUUUGAAGGAGAUAAUAUUAAUAGAUGACUUCAGCGAUAUUGAUGAUUUACACAUUGAUGUACAAAAGGCGGUCAACGAGUUGAAUAAUAGGAUGAGGAAAGAAGAGGAAAUGCUAGAAACAAACAAUAUAGAUGGAGAUAAUAUAGUUGAUUAUAUUAAUGAUGAUAACGGAGAUGCAAAGAAGACAACCGACAGUCACACAGCGAAGCUAUCAAAGAGUGGCUUGAAUAUAAGAUUGCUAAGAACAAGUAAACGGGAAGGUCUGAUAAGAGCAAGAUUGUAUGGUGCUGAUAAUAGUGUGGGUGAGGUUCUAAUAUUCCUGGAUUCCCACAUCGAGGUCAAUAUGAAUUGGUUGCCUCCCUUACUUUCGCGCUUGUCGGAAGGUGUGGACGGGGUAACAAACCGCUACUCCUCACACGUAGUGGCACCGAUUAUUGAUGUCAUCAAUGCGGAUACCUUCGAUUACUCGCCAAGUCCACUUGUUAGGGGUGGCUUUAACUGGGGACUGCAUUUCAAGUGGGAUGGCUUGCCAAAGGGUACAUUGAAAGAUGAUGAAGAUUAUGUGAAACCAAUAAAAACACCAACUAUCGCCGGCGGUCUGUUCGCUAUUUAUCGGGAGUAUUUCAACAAGAUAGGCAAAUAUGACCCGGGAAUGAACCUUUGGGGUGGCGAGAAUCUUGAAAUAUCGUUUAGGAUAUGGAUGUGCGGUGGUAGUCUGGAGUUGAUUCCCUGCAGCCGAGUCGGUCAUGUAUUUAGGAAACGUAGACCUUAUGGCCUAGGUGAUAAGGAAGACUUUAUGCUACACAACUCGAUGCGCAUGGCACGCGUAUGGAUGGAUGAAUAUGUUAAUAAAGUGAUAGAGCAGAACCCGUCAGCUGCUCACGUAUCGAUAGGUGAUAUAUCAGAGCGUCACCAGCUACGGAAAGACCUCAACUGCAAGUCUUUCAAAUGGUAUCUGGAGAAUGUGUACCCAGAACUGGAAUCUGGUGAAGACACGAUUGCUAAGAAGAGGAUACAAGCUCUCAAUGACCCUGAAAAAAAUAAGUUUCAACCGUGGCAUUCUAGGAAGCGUAACUAUACAGACUCGUACCAAAUCCGACUGAAGAACACGACUCUGUGCAUACAAAGUGCUAAAGAUAUCAAGACUAAAGGCGGCGGACUGGUACUAGCUAAUUGCAUCAGGACUCUUAACCAGAUGUGGUUUGAAACAGACCGAAGUGAGUUGGUUCUAGGGCGUACCUUAUGCUUAGACGCGGUGAACAAUAUAUCACCGUUACUUGGGAAGUGCCACGAAUUAGGAAGUACACAGGAGUGGAAACACAAGGGAUCGGCUGGAAGCCCCAUAUAUAACACAGCGGCUGGUAUGUGCUUAGGCGUAGAACGGGCGUAUCGCAACGAGCCAAUCCUCAUGGUGAUCUGCGACAACGAGUCGAAACAUCAAUGGGAUUUCAUCAGAUCGUAA